CAAAUAUCAAUUUUGGAAAUAACAAAUAACUAUAGGUAGCCAUAUUCUACCACAAUGAAAUCAAUUGAAAACAAAGUAUAAGGAAACUAUUAUCAGGAUACGAGCUUCAGGAGAAACUCUCGAAUCUAUUUAGUUACCUACCACUACCAAUAAUUCGUCUAUAGAGUCGAUGGUAAAUUUCUAUGGUAUUAAAAUUGCUAAUAAAAGGGGCCCCUGUUGGCAUAACGACUAAAAGAACAAUACAAACAAGCCGCAAAGCAGCUGACAAAAACUAGAAGCAUCAGUUUUAAAUUGUAUAUUUUCAAAUAGAAAUGACAUGGAAAGAAACUGUUUGUGCAUUUUCAAAAAAUGUUUUCCCUGGAAUCAAGUUUAGCAGCAGUGGUAAAGAAAUCCGCGAGAAUGAAGUAAAAUCAAAUUUACCACUGCAAAUGUCUGCCUAUUUCAAUGUCGUAUUUAUUCCGAUAUGGGUUUUGGUAUUAUUCAUCUUUCUACUGGACAAUUACUCUGACUUCGGAAAGCUUACCAAAGUAAUAAUUGUAACUAUUCUCAGUACCAUUUUUACAGUGGAAAUACUCCGACUAUACAUGGUUUAUGAAGGAAAUUUAAAUGAUAAGAUUCCCGAAUUGGCAGGUUUCUGGAUGUUAUCAGUAUUCCUUCAGCUACCGUUGCAAGGCCUUCUGCUAUUCAACCCCUAUUUCCAGCUACGCGUUUUAGAAGUGGUCUGUCAAAGUGUAAUCUUUAUGUUGUUAAUUAGUCAAAUUAUUUUCGGGUAUUUCGCUUUGAGAUAUACCGCAUCGCAACAAGCUAAAUAUUAUCAAUUUAGAAAUGAAUUAAGAGCCAGUUUGAGAAGAGAUAAGACAGAAAAAUAA